UUGGCAGGUUUGCUGACUGUAAGCAUAGCUCUGAUUAGACCUUUAAUUUCACGUCAGCAUUUGUCGAUCGAGGCAGAGAGGGAGAGUGUGAAGGAGAAGGAGCCUGAGAGAGAGAGAGAGAAAGGGAGAGAGUGUCUGCAGAAUCUCUUAACCAGACCGGCUCAUGGUUGAGAUCCAUUUAGUGUCACUGAUUGUAUGUGCUGUUCUACUGUGUUUGCAGUUAAAAGGGGAGAUGCUGUCAUUGAGAAUCUGGCUUGGCUGCCACAUCACUCUCCUGAUGGUUCUGAGUCCAGCCUUCUCUCUCUUGAACAAUGAUGUCGGAACCAAACAAAGUGUGCAUGUAUCAGGAGAUGAGAGUGGCCUCGUGGUGGUCCAGACUGCCCCAGGGAAAGUCCUUACUCACCGUGGAGGUUCAAUCAUCCUGCCCUGCAGAUACCACUAUGAGCCGGAGAGCCAGGACCCCGAGAAGAUCCGCAUCAAAUGGACCAAGGAAUCAGACACGUUGCAAAGCAGCGAUGUCUUUGUGGCCUUGGGCAGGAUACACAAAGCCUUUGGGAUAUACAAAGGCAGGGUGUGGUUACAAGGUGAUGGAGAUGGUGAUGCAUCCCUCAUCAUGCAGGACGUGACCCUGCAAGAUUACGGGCGAUAUGAAUGUGAAGUGAUAGAUGAGCUCGAGGAUGACACAGGAAUCGUCAAACUGAGCCUGGAAGGUGUGGUGUUUCCUUACCAUCCAAGGCUGGGGCGUUACACAUUAAAUUUUGAAGAUGCUAAGAAGGCGUGCGAGGAGCAGGAUGGGAUACUGGCCUCUUACGAGCAACUGCAUGAGGCUUGGCUGAAAGGAAUGGAUUGGUGUAACGCCGGCUGGCUGAAUGAUGGAUCUGUCCAAUACCCAAUUUCAAAGCCCCGGCUCCAAUGUGGCAAGUCGGACCUGGCCGCUGGCAUUCGGAACUAUGGCUACCGGCACAAAGAUGACGAGCGAUAUGAUGCUUUCUGUUUCACCUCCAACCUGAAAGGUAAAGUUUAUUUUCUGAGGACCUACCGGAAGGUGAACUAUGGUGAGGCAGUGAAGGCAUGUGAGCAGCACGGAGUGACGAUUGCCAAGGUGGGCCAGCUGUACGCAGCAUGGAAAUUGCAGCUACUAGACUGCUGCCAGGCUGGCUGGUUACAGGAUGGCAGUGUCCGCUACCCCAUCGUCAACCCCCGCGACAAGUGUGGUGGCAAGAAGCCGGGGGUCCGCACCUUCGGCUUCCCAGACAAGAAGCGGCGGCUGUACGGGGUCUACUGUUUCAAAAAGAAGGAAUGAGAAAGAGA